AUGGUUUGUCUCCUCCUUGCGUUCGGAUGUCUCCACGUCCCCGCACUAUCUGGACCAGCAACCGACAACUUCAAGAUGGUCAUCUUCGGAACGAUGAUGGCGGAUGUGGCAAUCACCCAGAUGGCCGUGAUGAAGCAUUCCACACUGAUUGUCGCGGCCACACUUCUCGUUAUGAUUGUCAUUUCGGCAGUGGAAGCUACUCUGAUUGUUAAGAUCCCAGAUAUCGUUGCUUUUUGGAUGGAUUCCUAUCUGGCGGCCAUAGCACUGUUCGCAGCGAUACUCAGGUAUAGUUAG